CGUUCCAGAGAAACAACCAAUUCUAUCCAUCUGAAUACAAAACGCCAAGAACUUUCCAGACCCCCUUGUGUCCUAUAUAUAAUUUCCCCUCCCACAGCCUCUGUUUACAAAUCAAUCGAUACAUUCUCUCUCCAAUUUUACGUAGAUAUCAUUGAUAUCAAUUAACGAAUCAAUCUUCGUUUCCGACGAUAUGCCUAGCCGAUUUUCAGGAACCGUGACCCAGGACUGGGAACCCGUGGUGAUCCACAAGUCCAAGCCUAAGACCCACGACUUGCGCGACCCGAAGGUCGUGAACCAGGCUCUCCGGUCGGGCGCCCAGGUCCAGACCGUGAAGAAGUUCGACGCCGGGGCGAACAAGAAGCCGCCGGCGACGGCCGUGAACGUGCGGAAGCUGGACGAAGCGGCGGAGCCGGCGGCGCUGGACAGGGUGGGGCUGGAGGUGCGGCAGGCGAUCCAGAAGGCGAGGAUCGAGAAGAAGAUGAGCCAGGCCGAGCUGGCGAAGCAGAUCAACGAGCUGCCGCGGGUGGUGCAGGAGUACGAGAACGGGAAGGCGGUGCCGAAUCAGGCUGUGCUGGGGAAGAUGGAGAGGGUCCUCGGUGUUAAGCUCAGAGGAAAGGCGCACAAGUGAUCAUAAAUAAAUGUUUUUUUAUUAAGGUAAUUGGUAGAUAGGAGGUCUAGAUAAAAGUGUUUCAUACAUACAUACAUACAUAUAUAUAUAUAUAUAUAUAUAUAUAUAUAUAUAUAUUUUGGGUAGUGGUUUGGAUUUUGGGGUUUGUUGUAUGGCGUUUGGAAUUUGUAAAUAAAUGUUGAUGAUGAGAAAUUGAGGAUGGAAAGUGCUAUAUGUAAAAGAAAAAAAAGAAAGAAUGUAAAAUGCUGUUUGUUUGGAA